UCUCCAGGACUGGGACAGAUGAGUUCACACAGGACAGAAAAUCUGGUGAAGAGGCAAGUCCCCACCCAGAUGAAACUUCGCCAUGAAGUCUCACUGACCAGAGACUCGCAGGGGAUUUUCAGCUUGGCUCUGACUCCAGAUGGCCAGGAGUUAAUGGUGGGAUUUGGGAAUGGAGCCAUUCAGGCCGUGAACCCUGUGGAUGGGAAGUCUUUACGCGACAUAUUCAGUGGUGGUGUUACUCGGCAGGCGACUACUGCUUUGUGCUUUCACCCGAGGGAUUCCAGUCAUCUGAUAUCCGUUGGUGCUGAAGGCAUUGUGGCCGUCUACAACACCAAGACCGGGAAAUGUCUUUCUAGUAUCACAGAGGAGAAUAACCAACUGUACACGGUCGACGUCUCUUCAGAUGGGGGCACAUACGCCACAGCUGGCAGUAACAGAGGUAUCAGGAUAUACGAUGCCAAAACCAACCAGCUGAUAAAUAUUUUGGAACCUGCUGAUUAUGUCACCAGUGGGAAGGAACUGAAACCUGCAGAUGGGCACACACGGCGCAUCUUUGCAGUUCGAUUCCACCCAGAGGAACGGCACAUCUUUGUAUCAGGAGGCUGGGACGAUUCCAUCAAGAUCUGGGACAAGCGAAUGGCAAAAGAAGCUCGGAAGGUAAUCAAUGGCCCCCAUAUCUGUGGCCCUGCGAUUGACAUCAAGAAUAGUAAGAUUCUGACUGGAUCCUGGGUGGCUCGGAAUGCGCUGCAGAUUUGGGAUUUUCGCAAGUCGAAUGUGGAGAAGAACAUCCCAUUUCCUGCAGAUAAAGACCAUGGCGAAUUCCUCUACGCCGCUCGUUAUUGUACCAGUGAAAUUGUUAUCGCAGGAGGGAGUGGAACCAACAGUGUGCAAGCCAUCAACUUCAAAACCGAUGCGGGUCCAGUGCCAUCUGUUCCUGCUGUGUUGGAGAUAACCAUGGUUCUCUCUCUAUCUCAGGUUCUGGGGGAGAUUAAGCUGCACCAACAUCCUGUGCAUGUUGUCACUACAGUGAUGGAAGGCCAACAAAUUGCAUUUGCUGGAGGAGGAGGGGAACUGCACAUUGCUUACCUCCUUUAACAGAAAAGGAAACUGAGCAGGAGGCUAUCCAUAACCUUGCGUCUCGGUCCCAGAAGC